UUAAAACUCUAUUUCGGAAAAUUGAGUAAUCGUUUUGCAGAGAGAAGUCCUAAAUUUCUGCGGAAAAUCGCCAUAUUUUAGCUUAAUAUUCAGAUUUGACUGUCAAGGGAGCAAGAUUGCCUUUUCGGUAGCUGAUAUACAGAUUUUUAGUGGGUGUCUUACUUUGCGUCGUGCAAAAUGGCUGGCCAAAGUCCAACACCAACGAAGAUUGAAUUUGCAGUGAAAAUGACGUGUCAAGGGUGUGUCAGUAAGAUCACAAAAGCUCUGGAGGGUGUCAAGGGCAUYGAUUCAUACACAGUGGAUCUCAGUCAAGAGAGUGUUGUUGUUGACACUACUCUAGCAUCAGGUAGAGUUCAAGAGAUAUUAGAAGGCACUGGGCUGAAGACCAUUCUAAGGGGUCAUGGAUCUGGUGGAGAUUCACAACCUCAACAUCUUGGAGCAGCAGUUGCAAUGAUAGAAGGGACAAACAAAGUGCAGGGUUUGACCAGGUUUGUACAGGUUUCAAGAAAUACUUGUGUCAUUGAUGGUACGAUAGAUGGAUUGUCUCCUGGGCUUCACGGCUUUCACAUUCAUGAGUAUGGAGACUUUUCAAAUGGUUGCAACAGCACAGGGAAACAUUUCAAUCCAGAAAAUCAUGAGCAUGGAGGACCUGAGGAUGAAAACAGGCAUGUUGGAGAUCUGGGUAACAUUGUGGCAAAUGCUGAAGGAAGAGCAACAUUUCGCAUGGAAGACAGAAAAGUCAAGGUUUGGGAUAUUAUUGGUCGUGCAGUAGUUGUUCAUGAAGGGGAAGAUGACUUAGGAAGAGGUGGUCAUGAGCUCUCCAAGUCUACUGGCAACUCAGGAUCAAGGGUUGGUUGUGGGAUCAUUGCAAGAUCUGCUGGUUUGUUUCAAAAUACAAAAAAAUACUGUGCAUGUGAUGGCAAGGUGUUAUGGGAAGAUGGGCCACUGCGGGCAUCGUCUCAGCUGUAAAUCUUGACAUCUAUAGAUCUAUGUUAAUGUCAAUUUAUUGUAAUUACAAAUAUCCAAAAAUGAUUACUUAAUAAAUAAAGAGUGUUUUUUUAUGAGGAAA